CAGGCACAAAGACGCCAUUGUGAGACCAGAACCCAUCUCCAGAGCCAUGGAGUGAGGACAGCCCACAGGAACUGAACCCUUCUCCAGAGCUGACCUUCUGGGUUUCAGGGCAGGUGGCCAAGUUCAGGAAGUGCACAGUGAGGAGUGGGAGACAGAGUUUCUACGGGGAAGGAGGCUGGGCUAAGGCCUGACGACAGGGCAGACAUCAUGAACUCAGAACACAGGCAUCACAUGGAGUCCUGGUGCCUUUUGCAUCAUUUACCCAAAGGGAAUGAGAUCUGGCCAUGUGGAGAGCCUAUGCGUGCUCAGAGCUAAUGAGGAGGAAGCUGUGGAUCCAGAGGAACCAAGUUCAGCAGGAGCACGGGGUGGAUUCAGGACAGGCUGCGAUGGACGCUGGUUCUUCACCCAGGGCACAAGAUGGCAAGAAAUGAACACACGUGGACCUCAGUUGUACCAGGGCAGCCCUGGCUCUGAAAAUGUCCUCUCAGCAGGUCCUCAAUGACAAGAGCAGCAGAAGACCAAGUCCCCUUGUUGGAGACGAAUCCCCUGAUGACACAGAGGUGAAACCCUAUUCACAGAUCACUUGAGGAUCUGUGUGGCUGGAAAUGUUCACGCAGCCAACUUAAAAUUGUGAAGUUUGGAAACUGAACCCUAACUGGUUGAGGAGAUGGGCACUGGUCAGUUAGUGAAAAAGAACCAGACAUCUGAGAGUAAGAAGUGGUCUGCAGAGAGCACAGCUGGCCCCGGUGCAGAAUGACGUGGGGCAGGGUCAUGGUGAGCCUAGUGUGGCACGGGGUCUACCCUGAUGAUGUUUAAGCUGACUAGAGUCAGGGGUUUGUGUCCCCACUCACAGGAAGGUCCAGGUGGGGUACCCAUGCAGGGAUAGGACAAUGAAGUGGGCUCCCUCCAGGCAGGGCCCAGCCAUCUGGGAACCAGCAGACAGUCUCUGGGGGUGAAGCCUAGCCCUGCUCUCAGCAGCGGGAGGUCAGAGGCCAGGUCUCAGGGGAUGUAGCUCAGGGCAGCCAUGGCAGAUGGAGGGCCAGGGUGUGGAGAGAAACCUGACCCUCCCUCCCUGCUCAAAGUGCAACCUCCCUGCACCUGAGUCACUCACCUUCUGCAGGGUCAUUUGGGAGCACAACCCUUGGUGGCACAGACAUUGUGGAGGCAUCGUGUGUCUGCCUUCAUCUGUAGGUGACAUUGAGUUGAUAUUCAUCAGAUCCCAACAACAACAACAACCUUCCACCUCCAUGAUGGAUGCGGAUUUGGCCAUGGUAGAAGGACAGGAGGUACGUGGCCAGUGCCAAAUGGGCACACAUCCCUGGCCAUUGGGGAUAUAAAGUGCACUCUGUGAGGAGCCAGAGCAGACUUUCUCCAGGUGACCUGCCUUGUGUGAGAGCCCAGCAGCUGAUGAUGAAGAGCGUGCUCCUGACCUUCUUGUUUCUGGGGAUGGUGGCUGUGCUGAAGGCCCAGGAAGUCCCACUAGAUGACAAGGAGGAUUUCGCUGGGAUGUGGUACCCAAAGGCCAUGAUACACAGUGGGAACCUAUCCAGUCACGAGGUACCUACAAAGAUGUUCCCUGUGAAGAUAACAGCCCUGGAAGGUGGAGACUUGGAGGCCACAGUUAUAUUCUGGAAGAAGGGUCAAUGUCGUGAGUUUAAAAUCAUGAUGGAGAAAACCGACGAGCCUGGCAAAUACAGCACCUUUCACGGCAAGAAGUUUAUUUAUAUCAUAGAGCUGCCUGUCAAGGACCACUACGUCUUCUACUGUGAAGGCCAUCACCAUGGGAAGUCAUUCGGCAUAGGAAAACUCAUGGGGAGAAACCCUCAGGAAAACCUAGAGGCCAUGGAAGAAUUUAGGAAAUUCAUACAGCACAAAGGACUCCAAAUGGAAAACAUCUUCAUACCAGAGCUGAAUGAUAAGUGUGUUCCUGAAAGCAACUAGGCUUGAGAUCACUGUCCAUCAUGAAGAGGAAGUCACGGUGGCAGCAGCUAGAGGAAGCUGGGCACAUGGAAUCCACAGUCAAGCAGCACAGACUGGACCAGCCAGAUGGCUCAGAACCAGCUUGUCACCCUGAGUUCAGUCCUCAGGAUCACGUGGUGGGGGGAGACACUUGACUCCUGCAUGAUCCUCUGACCUCUACACAUUGGCCUUGUCAUCUGAAAGCAUGCAAGCACACACACGUGUGUGCACUCUCUCUCUCUCUCUCCCACACACACACACACAGAGUCAUGCACAGAA